UUUCAGUGUUCACUUCCCUUCGUAAAGUUACCGCCCAGCACGUGGGAUUCAAAAAGUGGAGGGCCCGGCCACAGAAGCUGUUAGGUUUCUAGAACCUUGAAGGCAGCGUAGUUAGGGUUUAUCCGCAAAAUAGUAGGGAUUGAACAUUUAUCAAACGUUUAAACCCUAGCUAGGGCUUUAGGUCCGUAUUUGAUAAAAGAAAAAGACGGAACUUCUGAAAUCUGUUUCUCUACCAAUUACCAUUCAAUCUUUCGAUUGAAGUUGAGCUCUACAAUCAAACAAUGGCUUUGUUUCAAAUAAUGCGCAAAGCAGGGACCGCCAUUAUUCCAGCGGCAAUGGCUCUCAAAACCUUGAGCCGACAGAGAGCAAUUCAUGCAGCCGUAGGAAGUUCCUUUCAAAGCCGUUGCAGGCUGCAAAUAAGCAUGUGGAAUUCGUCGAUUGAGAGCCGCGCCUCAUUUGCUUCUUUAGCUGUUGCCACAUCAAAAACAGAUGAGAAUCUUAUUAAAGUUCUCGAUAGUGAAAUUCAAUGCGCCGUUGAAUCUGACCCACCUAAUGAGGAUGUGGUAACCCCUGAUACGAUUCCUUUUACUAUUGAAGAUAAACCUGGGGAACAUUCAGUUAUUUUGCGAAGGAAGUAUGGGAAUGAGGAUAUCAAAGUUGAGGUUUUAGGGAUUGGCAUGGUUGAUCAGGAAGGUGAAGAUGAUGAUGAUGACGAUGAGGAAGGAAAAGGCUCACAACAGCCCCAGUUGAACUUCAAUGUGACCAUAUCUAAAGGUGAUGGCCCCUGUUUGGAGUUCAAUUGCUCUGCAUAUCCUGACGAGAUUGUUAUUGAUAUGAUGUCCACUAAGCAGCCAAAAGGCAAUGACGAUGUUCUUGCCUAUGAAGGGCCAGCCUUUACGGACUUGGAUGAGAAUUUGCAGAAGAGCUUUCACAAAUACCUUGAAAUACGAGGUGUCAAGGGAAGUCUAUCAAAUUUCCUCUUGGAAUACAUGAUAAACAAAGACUCCAGGGAGUAUAUUAGAUGGUUGAAAAAUGUGAAGCAAUUUGUUGAGAUGUAGAAUCUAAUUUCAUUUUUAACCUAUUUAAACAUUUUUCCUUCAUAAAAUGAAGAGGAUUUUGUAAUGAACAAUUUUUAAUCCUUCAUCUAGCCAAUUCCUUCAGACUCUGAGGUUGUCUGCCUAUGUAAUUCGGAUUCCUUUUUGUUGGUAUGGACAUUGCCAGUUUGUCACAAGCAGUUUCUCAUUGACAGUUAAUUA